AUGAAGUUAGACACGAGAGCCAUGCGCUACCUGACGGCGGAAGACUGGAGGGUUCUCACAGCGGUAGAGAUUUGUAGCAAGAACCAUGAGCUCGUUCCAACCACACUGAUUGAGAGGACCGCCCGCCUCAAGGGCGGUGCCAGCGGUGUGCACAAGUCCAUCUCGGCCCUCGCCAAAGUCGGCUUGAUUGCACGCAUGAAGGAAGCCAAGUACGAUGGCUACCGGCUCUCAUACGGCGGGCUCGACUACCUCGCCUUACAUACCCACGCCUCGCGCAAGCAAGUCUACAGCGUGGGCACCCGUGUCGGCGUCGGCAAGGAGAGCGACAUCAUGAUCGUAGCCGACGACAAGGGCACGCAGAAAAUCCUCAAGAUCCACCGCCUCGGACGCAUCUCGUUCCGCACCGUCAAGACCAACCGUGACUACCUCAAGAAACACCAGUCCGGUUCCUGGAUGUACCUCUCACGGCUCGCCGCCAUCAAGGAGUACGCCUUUAUGCAGGCCCUACGGGAAGAGGGCUUCCCCGUACCUGAACCCAUCGCCCAGUCGCGGCACACCAUCGUCAUGUCGCUCAUCGACGCCCCCCCAAUGCGGCAGAUCGCUUCCGUCCCCGACCCCGCCACCCUGUACGCCGAGCUGAUAUCUCUCAUCCUCCGCCUUGCCAAACACGGCCUCAUCCACGGCGAUUUUAACGAAUUCAACAUCCUCAUCCGCGAAGAUAAGAUCGAGAACAAGAGCACCAACACCAGCACCGAUACCACCGACACCCCCGCCGACACCAACGAACAACAACAACAACAACAACAACAACAACAACAAGACACCACCGCCCCCUCCAUAACCCUGACCCCCAUCCUCAUUGACUUCCCCCAGAUGGUAUCCAUGGACCACCAAAACGCCGAGAUGUACUUCGACCGCGACGUCGAGUGCGUCAAGCGCUUCUUCUCGCGCCGCUUCCACUUUGUGAGCACCGAGCCGGGCCCCUUCUUCAAGGACGCCAAGAAGACGGUCGGCCGCGACGGCGCGCGCCGGCUCGACGCCGUCGUCGAGGCGUCGGGGUUCACCAAGAAGAUGGCCAAGGACCUCGAGGCCGCCAUCCGGGAGCAGCAAGCCAACCCCAAGAAUGAUACCGGCGAUUCGGACGAGGAGGAGGACGAAUCUGAGAAUGAGGAUGAGGAUGAGGACGAGAACGGCGGUGAGGGACUUCAAGUGAUCGGGGAUCAGAUCGUAUCAACCGAAGAAGGGUUAGAGAAACUAGCAAUCAAUGACGGGACUUGA